CAGGCCACUGACAUGUGGGUGAGCUCGAAGGGACUCACGCCACCGUAGAACAACCAAACCCCGCCGCGAAAUCGCAGCUUUCCAUGGGAAGGUCACGGAGGAGCUACGCGCGGCUUCUUCUCCUAGGGUUCCUACUGCUACGGUUCAGCUGGUGCUUGGCGGUGGCUGAUGACGGCGGAGGCGCGGAGGAAGGGGGAGGGAUUUUUCCGGUGGUGGUGAGCACCUGGCCUUUCCGGGAGGCGGUCAGGGCGGCCUGGGAGGUGGUGUCAGCCAGUGGCGGCGCAGGUUGUUCGGCCGUGGAUGCCGUCGUCGCCGGCUGCUCCGCCUGCGAGGUGCUCCGCUGUGAUGGCACAGUUGGCCCAGGUGGAAGCCCAGAUGAGAAUGGUGAAACUACAUUAGAUGCUCUCAUCAUGGAUGGGACCACAAUGGAAAUCGGAGCUGUCGCUGCCAUGAGAUAUGUAAAGGAUGGAAUCAGAGCGGCAAAGUUGGUUAUGGACCAUACUGAACAUACUCUUCUUGUUGGAGAGAAGGCAACAUCCUUUGCGAUUUCAAUGGGACUUGUGGGGCCAGCUGAUCUGAGCUCACCGGAGUCUAUCGGAAAAUGGACAAUUUGGAGACAGAACCAUUGUCAACCUAACUUCUGGAAAAAUGUUGUUCCUGCUGGUAGCUGUGGCCCGUACAAUGCUAUUGAUGUACCAUCAGGGGAGUCUAAGGCCUCUGCCAAACGUGUGCUAGAGCGGACUCAGGGGGACAUUUGUCAAGGAUUAUUUGAACCUAAUAAUUUACUGGAGCCAAUGAACUCCCGUCUAAAAAUCGUUAAUCGCCACAACCAUGAUACAAUCUCUAUGGCUGUGAUUGACAAGAUGGGUCGCAUAGCGGCUGGCACAUCGACCAAUGGUGCUACAUUCAAAAUUCCAGGAAGGGUAGGUGAUGGACCAAUACCAGGAUCUUCUGCAUAUGCUGAUGAUGAAGUUGGUGCAUGUGGAGCAACUGGUGAUGGUGAUAUUAUGAUGCGCUUCCUUCCGUGUUAUCAGGUAGUAGAGAGCAUGCGACGAGGGAUGGAGCCUCGGGAUGCUGCCAUGGAUGCUAUAUUAAGAAUUGCCCGCAAGUACCCGGACUUUGUUGGUGCUGUAUUUGCAAUUAACAAGAAAGGAGUGCAUGCUGGGGCAUGCCACGGAUGGACAUUCCAGUAUUCUGUCAGGAAUUCUAGCAUGCAGGAUGUGGAGGUCAUCACUGUAUCACCUUAACAUGGGCAGAUCGUAACAGCAUAUGGUGCGUCACCAAUAUGGCAUUUUUCGAACUGGGGAUACCCCAUUUCCAUUCACCAGCAGGUCAUGUUUCUCAUGAUCUAGAAUUUUCAUCAUUCAGUCCCCUGUCAAUGCAGCAAUGUUAUUUGGGGAUUGUACUGGCUUAUUAUUGGAUUGCACUCCUCCUGGAAGUUCAGACGGCCUUGUAAGCAGAUUGGAUGCACUCAAUUCAUUCUUAAUAACCUCGUCUGAGUGUUGUCUAAAAGAUAGUAAUAGAACUACAUGUGAUCAACUUUUUUUGCAAUUAUCUGUUCAGUAAUACCUAGCUAGGUUCACUCCUCUAAAAAAGCUAGGUUCACUCGAGCAUCUUCAAAGUUGGGAAGCCCAUCUAUCCGUUUUGCAGGCAUGUGGCUUUCAAGAUUCUCAAUAGCUUGCCACCUCCUUUUUUGCUUUUGCUUUGGUCUGUUUCUCUCGUUUUUUAGAACUCAUGACUUUUAUUUAGUUCAAACAGUUAGAAACAAAGUACAUUAGUUAUGAUUGCCUCUUCCAGAGAGAGAGAGGUUUUGCAAAGCAAAUAUGUUAGGGCAUCUCGGUGGUAACAAACAUGAGUGUUGUUAUGACAAGUAUAUUUUUAUUUUUUUAGCCCUCAGAUCAUAUCUUGUUGCACUAGCUUAUCAGCUACUAUUUCAUUUGCCUUCAUCGGAAUCCACCUGACCUGUAAAUGUUAACCAUGUAAAAGAUGAAGAAAUUUGGACA